UCGAGAUCAUGGCUAAGCUUCUUCUGGUGUCUGGUCUUGUGGCUCUUGGAUUUGUAUUUACAUGCUAUGCGGCGACAACCUACGUGGUGGGUGGUAAUUCCGGCUGGGACAUAAGCACUGAUCUCCCUGCAUGGGCCUCCGAUAAGAAGUUCGCCGUGGGCGAUGCUUUAUGGUUCCAGUUUUCAUCAUCAAACAGUGUCAAUCAAGUGACCAGAGAAAACUUUGAGGGCUGCAACACAACCAACGUAGUGAAGUCAUAUACAGGAGGGAACGCGACGGUCACAUUGACAAGACCUGGUGACUGGUAUUUUGUGAGUGGGAACAAGCUCUAUUGCUUAGGAGGGAUGAAGCUUCAAGUACCCGUCGUAGGUAACCGACUAUCUUAUGCGCCGGCCAGUGCUCCGCAGUCGUCAACCGGUUCAGACCAAGGGCCUAACUCUCUUCCGAACCCUUCUUCUAAGAGCAACAUCCCCACUUCAGCUGGGCUGAGUCUCCAUGUUGGCUUUGAUAAUGUUCCUGUCUUAGCUGUUUUAGGUACUUUAGCUGCCAUGCUAUGGAUGUGAAGUUCAGUUUGAGGGUUUGUAUCAAUGAAUAUGAAUCAUGAUUAAUGAUUAUUCGGGAGCAGCUUCAUUACUCUUCUUUAAAAUCAAGGUAAAUAAAGUUUGUCACCAAAUUUUUCUAA